AACAGGAGAGAGGAGCGCACUAUAAGAAGAGAAUGAGCCCAGCAGGAGCGUCAUAACAUUUAAAGCAAGACCGAGAGGAAAACGCCACCGCGCUCACAAUGAAGACUUGAAUCUCGAGAGAAUUUUAUUUGUGUUUGUUUGUGUUUUUCAUGUAAGGACUAUUUGAGGAAUCUGCAAGGUAUUAAAAAAACAGGAAAGAAAAGAAAGUGCCGUCCGGCGUCGCUCCCCGUGUGUGUCAGCGCGCUGAGGUAUCCUGGAUGAGCGCAAAGUGUCAGCUUCAGCACCCGAGGAGAGGACAGCUCCGCUCUGUCUGCUCCUUUUUGGACCUCCAGUCCAAAAACUCUCCUUCGGCUUCUGAUGUCCACACUUGGAGUUUGACACUGUGCGCCCCAUACAAGUCGGGAAGAAGUGUAAAAGGAAGAUCCACUGACGGAGAGAGCCGCGACUGACUGUGUGCUCAAUAUGUACCAGGGGCAUUUACAGGGGAAAGACUCUAGGGCUGCAGAUAAGACUGUUGCCAUGGUCCUGAAGGAGAUACCAAGUAAGGCGUCAUCAGAAGGGAAGCCCCUCCUCACAGUGACUACCAAGCUGGUGAGUGAGCAACAAGAGAGCCGCCCGCUUCUAAGCCCUUCUAUCGACGAUUUCCUCUGCGAGACCAAGUGCGAUGGGGUUUCCCGCCCAGUUACUUCCAACACAGCCGUUCUUUCUUCAACUCUGGACCUGCUAGAUCUCAGCGAACCUGGAGACAGGAGAAACAGCAGGGACAGAAAGAGUGCCCUGUUAUCCCAGGGAGACAGCCAGAAGAACACGUCACACAGGAAAAAGACAGAUGAGACGGAGCUGAUCCAGGUGGAAGUUGAACAUACGGGACCAAGUAUGCGAACCCCAGAGAGGGCAUCACUGGACUCAGUUACGAUUGGCUCACUGGAUAAAUGGGAAGAACUGAAUCCCAACCCUGAAAGAAAUGGCAACAGAAAAUGGAAACUGGAGAGACGACGUUCUUCUAAAAAUUCAUCUAAUGAGUUUCUGUGGUCCAUAGAUUGUAAAACACAGACAGACUCUUCAAAUAAGAAUACACUGGAAGCAAAUACCAAACUGGAACCAGAGUCUGCACUGGCGUCACAACUCAACAGGCAGUAUAUUAGUGGAAGACAUGCUCGCUUAACGAAGGAGCAGCGGUGGGGGAGCGCCCUCCUGUCCAGACAUCAGUCCCUGGAGGAGGAGUUUGAGCGGGCCAAGGCUGCUGUUGAGUCAGAUACUGAGUUCUGGGAUAAGAUGCAGGCAGAGUGGGAAGAGCUGGCUCGGCGAAACUGGCUGACGGAAAACGAGCAGGCACAGAUUCCCUCCACUGUGUCUCCGUACGAGAAGGGUUACUACUUCCACACAGAUAAUCCUUAUAAGGACUUGCCUAAUGCAUUCGAAGAGGGACUGAAGAAAUCCCGAGAGGGAGACUUGCCAAAUGCUGUUCUUUUGCUGGAAGCAGCUGUCCUGCAGGACCCUCACGAUUCAGAGGCCUGGCAAGUCCUGGGGACCACCCAGGCUGAAAAUGAGAACGAGCAGGCAGCGAUUGUCUCCCUCCAGAGGUGUUUGGAGCUCCACCCAAACAACCUUAUAGCCCUCUUGGCUCUGGCAGUGAGCCUGACCAACACUGGUAUGCGCCAUGAUGCCUGUGAGGCCCUCCUCCGCUGGCUGAGACACAAUCCUAAGUACAAGCAUCUCGUCAAAGGCAAGACUCAUCUAACGGGAUCUCCAAACUCCCAGCGCAGGAUGUCUCAUGCUCCCAACUUGGGCAGACAUGAAAGCUCCCUGCUACCAGAGGUCAAGGAGCUCUUCCUGGAAGCAGUUCAGCAGAACUCUGACAGCAUUGACCCAGAUUUGCAGACGGGCCUCGGGGUGCUUUACAACCUCAGCGGAGAGUUUAACAAAGCCGUGGAGGCCUUCAACACGGCUUUGUCAGUGCGGCCCGAGGACUACUUGUUGUGGAACCGCCUCGGGGCCACGUUGGCGAAUGGAGAUCGAAGCGAGGAGGCAGUGGAGGCUUACACAAGAGCCCUGGAGCUGCAGCCGGGGUUUAUCCGGUCCCGCUACAACCUGGGCAUCAGCUGUAUUAACCUGGGGGCACACAGAGAAGCGGCCAGCAACUUCCUGACUGCCUUAAGCCUUCAGAGGAAAAGCCGGAGUCGCCAGCAGUCCCACCAGGUGAUGUCUGGAAACAUCUGGGCAGCUUUGAGGAUAGCUUUAUCCAUGAUGGACCAGCCUGAACUCUUCCAGGCUGCAAAUAUCGGUGACUUGGAUCUUCUCAUGCGGGCCUUCAACUUAGACAUUUGAGGACUGGGAGGCAGCGAUGCGAACAUCUGCCCCCUCUUCACUUACUAUCUGAUUUCUACCCAACAGCCAAAAGUCCAAAGUGCACACAUCAGAAUGGACUGAUGGACGUUAGAGACAACAGUGUGUUUUUAUGCACGUCCAAAUUAACUACAGUCGUCAAAGCUAUUAUAUUUUUCGCCCAAGUACCUCAGAGCAGUUGUGGGGAUAGGUUCUUCCAAGGGUUUGAAGGGACUGCUUUGUGUUGGAUUUGCACUGUAAUUUGUGAUUUCCCUGAAGAGCACAAGGACGGGCAAAGAUUGUACGAGCAAUGCCUUAGAGAAAACAUCAAUUAAAAACUGACUCAUCCAGCGGAACAGAGCCGAGCCAGCAGAGACGGAGCGACAGGCAGACGGACGGUUGUACGAGCCUGAUAGAGCAGACCUCACAGGCCGUUUUCAAAGAAAAGAGAGGAAAAAACGUUUGACUCCUGAUUUCUCUCCUGAAGGAUGGAUUUAGUGACCAAAUGACAAAGACUGCACCAUAUAACCUGGAGCUCCAGACUCUGUUCCUGGCUUAUUUUCAUCCUCUUUCAAUGGGAAAAUAAUGAUACUGCAUGAAUAAGCAUUUUCAUAAAUGGAUUCUUGUUUCAAAUUAACAUACUUUUAGAAGUUUUCCCUUUGCACUUCAGAUAAACAGAUAUAACUUCCUCAGUCCGAGUGGAAUGUGCAAGCCAGGUCUGUAAAGCCUUACUCAAAAGCAUGCGACCAACAAUAUUUAUUUAUACUAUUUUUAUGAAAACAGAAAAAACCCACACUAAGCCAUUUUCAGACUAGUUUCAUUUUCUUUAAAUAACUGCUGUCUUUUGAACUUGAAAGCUUUUUGUUUCGCUUGGUUUUUCUCUCCUUUUUUUUGGCUCCUAGCUCCUCUUUGUUCCCUUUAAGCUGACUGCAGAAACACACCGAAAAGCUGGGCAACAGCAAUCUAUAAAACCUUCAUUAGUCUUUUCAAACUUUAGCAUAUGAAAAAGUUAUUCUUAACAAGUCUAAAAAUAUCUCUUUUUAUCUUCUUCUGCUAGUUCCAGGAUGGCUUCAGAGGCCCUAACGACUACUGUACACAUUAUACAAUCCUUUUUUAUUUUUGCUGACCUGACUCGAUUUGUUUUCUGUUGUCUGUAUCUGUUAACGCAGUUAGUGGUGUCUUUGCUGCUGCAAGGCUCAUGCAUUUAAUAGUCAUAAUGCAUGAUUUAAAUAUUUACGUAAGCUUGGGCAGAAUGCUGCACAUGAACGCUGUUUGUUUCGCCACACACUUCAAAUCACAUCAGGCUGAUGUUCAAACCCGAGAUGGUUAUGCAUCUGCAGAAAACAUGAUUGUAUAAAUGCAGUGAUUCUCCUGCUGCAGGAAGAAAGCUUUUCCUUAGACAUACUUUUUAGCUGACAGCUUCACUUGCAUCACUGCUGCUAGUUUGAAAGUCACUCUCUGAAGUGAAUACCAUGUACCUCGCUGUGCAACAGAGUAAAUGAUAGAUAAUCUUCUGUACUGCAUAGCUCAGCACAUUCGGGUGUUUAUCAGGCGUGUCCACGGUCUGAGGGUGCUGCAGAAAGUGGUUUUUAUUGUCAGCUCCUAUGCAAAAGGUCAUGUUUUAUGUUGCCAUUCUGAAUUGUUGCUGGUCCCCGUCUGCCUCGGUGGACCGAAAGGAAGCGUCGUUUCAGUGUUUGGAAAGAACGCUAUCAGGCAGAACCAGAGACCAGUGCGAGAGCCAUUCAUCUUCCAAACUGUACAGCCGGGGUGUCACAGUCUGUACAAGAAGAAGUGUUUCAUCAAGAAGUCGCCAGAAUGAAAACAAGUGUUCUCCCAGGGAGAAAAGUGGUCGAUGGCUCUGACAAAAAGAAAAACUGAUAGACACAUAAAGUGCAGCCUUCUGCUUUUAGAACCAGGGUGCACGGACAUGGCGUCUUUGACCUUAGUUGCAUCCACCAAAUUCACCGCCAUGUAUCGAGCUUUUCUUUAUUCUUUAUCGAGCUCCAUACAUUCUGUCAUUGUUGUCACACUAGCUGCAUUAAUAUAAUCGAGUCUGUGGCACUGUUGAGAUGAAAAAAGAUCAGCUGCUCUACUUGCAAGAUACUUAAAAAAAUGUUGGCACAGACUCUAUUUAUCACACAACCAGGAUAAAUAGAUCAAAGACUAGACGAGGAGUCCAGUGAUACAUAUGUGCAUGCCGCUAACAGUCGGCCUCAGAGGGGAGCUAGCAGCGACUGUGCAAAGGCAAUGAGGCCAAAGGAGGGGUGCAUGCACAAAUGUAUUCACUGUGGGAGACUGGACGAUGAUAAAAGGUUCACGCUGUAUCCUUCACUGGAACAAAUCAGGUUUACAUCCAGGAGUUCAUGUUUGAUUUGUUUGAUUAGCAUUAAAUUAUUGUGGAAGUCAAAUUUAAGCAUGCGUGUAGCUCCAUACAUGCCAGCGUGGGUCUGUCUGCCAGUUUGGCCCAGACUGAAAGGGGUGGCGUGAAAUUUGCUUCCAGCACGUCCCCCCCCCAAAAAAAAGUGUCACUCGGCCAGCAGAAUGGGUUUAACUGCAAAGUUUGCGACAGCGCCAUGAACCUGCAUCAAGCUACUUUUAGAGCCAUUUGGCUGUUAGGAUUUUAAUAUAAUAAAGCUUGUGGUUAAAUUCAAUAUGGAAGGUCUGCAAUCACUCACCUGCCUGCUUUCUUGGGUGUUCAGCCGUUGUGCUGUCCUUUAGGUCACUGCCACACUUUCACACCCUGUCAGUCGUAAUACUCUCGUCAAAUCACCUUCUUUGAGCCAAUCAGCUUCCACUCUGGUUCAAAUCUGUGCUCUUCAUCAUUCUCCCUUUCAGACUGUCAUUUGCACAACCAACCUCGUCCCCAUCUCCAUUUUCAUGUUCACCACCACCAGCGUCUAGACUCCAGGGGGUCCUGUCCUAAAUCCUAUCACUGCUGGGAUAGGUAAGAUGGGUCACCAGAGUCUGAUCGCCAAAUACAUUCAUUUCUUUGUCUCAACAAAUCAUGUUCAGUACUUGAUCUCUCCUUAUUGAACACAGGAGAUAUCAGUAUGUUAGCAUUGUCAGAGUGAGUGCUGCAUUUCGCUCAAAGCUCCACUUUUAGGCUCACAGAGCAGCUAGCGUGGCACGACGAUCCUCCUUCAGUUUUCUUUGCUAAAGGGUUAACCCUACCCUGUAGUCGGUCCCUAUCAGGUCACUGAAAGUCGUGCGAGUUGUUCUGUAGGCCAGGAGCUGUUCCACAUUUUUACCUUACAUGCCUGUUGACAGGGGAUUUCUUUAAAUCACCCUGCCGUUCUUUGUUCAGCUGAGACACCUGAGUUAGAAAACACACAACACUGCAGUUCCUUCACUCGCGAGGACGGUCACAGAGCACUCGCACAGGAGACACUCAUGGACUCGCACUUUGUCACCGUCUGCGUUCUUUAUUUAUACAAGAUUGUUCUGUGUGUGUGUGUGUGUGUAUUACAAAGAUAACAACGUCACUUAGAGCGGCGGGUUUUUCCCUUUCUACAUCUGUAUGUUCUUUUAAAAGAGCUGAGGUUUCACUUCUCUACAUCUAAAUGUUCUCUGAAGACAGGAAGCGGUUAGUAGCUGCACACAAGUUACUAGGUGAAAAGUCACAUAGACAUGUGCUUAAUGAUAAAAUAAAAAGAUACAUUUCAUAUAGCUGAUCGCAUUAUACAAUAUUCUCUUGACACCUGUCCUCCCAGGUGUUUUACAAAAUCAACUCUAGUUGUCUUAUGAGGCCCUCGCUCUUUCCCAUUUCAUUACAGGUUACCACAGGUUCAUGUUUUUUAAAGAAAUCUUACACUGCUGGGCUACAACCUUCUUCUGCCGUCCACAUCAUUCCAUAGUGCAUUGAGAUAGGAUGCAGUUUUCUUUAUUUUGCUGAACCUACUACUGUACCUUCUCAGGUGAACUGACCUAACCUAACGCAUGCGCCUGUGCAACAAACUGAGGCUGUUUGCAUGUUAGAUCCUUUACAUUUCUACUUUUUUUUAAUGACGUUUUCAUUCGUAUGCAUGACAUACAUGGAAGUGCUUUCUCUUUCUACCCCAAGUAAAUAUAUCAUAAAGUUUCCUUGCAAUAUUGCUAUAAUGCACUUUUAAGUUCUCAAACUUUGACAAAACAUGAUGUAUAUAGUCAGUAUGUAAUCUACACAAGAUGCUUUUUCUUGCAUGGAAUGAUCAAGUGUGAGAGGCUCAAAGUACUGAGCCUAAGGCACAGCACACUCCAAACGUACUUCAGCUUGAAUACUGGCUAAUCAACUGGAUAAUCAUAGUUAUGCAGAAAUGUUAUAUUUAUUACUUCUACAAAUUACAAACACGUUUGUAACCAUUGCAAUGACUCCAACCUAUAAAGCUGUCUAGCUGCUAUUGCACAACUCUUUAGUGGUGAAAAGUUUUUAUGUAGACUUUCACAACCUGCUGUGACCCUUUAACAGCUGUUUUUUAUAAUUUUUUAAUAUUUGCAAGAAUCACUGCUUCAUUAGUUCUGUUUACACUUAAGAAAGAGGGAGAGUAAAAGUGGACAGCCAUGAAACAGUUCAAAUGUUAAAUUCACAGCUUUUACACUGACUUGCUCACCGUGUCUUCUACUGUGGAGACCUUAAGUUUUCAAAGGUGAGUGUUGCGCAGUUUUAUGGAUUGAAAACAGACCAAAUACAAUCGUACAUGCUCACUGACCACUUUGUUAGGUACACCUGUUCAGCUGCAUAGAUGCAGAUGGUGUGGCAGUCACGCAGUGCAGAGGUGAUUCUGAAUGUGGUUGUUGGUACCGGAAGGACUAGUGUGACUACUUCAGGGACUGUUGACUUCUGGAUCUCUAUAGUUUACACAGAGUCGUCUGAAACCAGCAGCAGAUGUAGAAGAGCAUCUGUGAACAUGUAACCACUGCUGUCAGCUAAGAACAGGAAACGGAUCACACGGACCAUCAAAACUGGAGAGUCGAAACACGUUGUCUGGUCUGAUCCUUCUUGAUUUCUCCUGUGACAUUCGGAUGACCGGGUCAGAAUUUGGCAUAAGCAUAAAAACAUGGCUGCCUGUGUCAGUGGGUCAGAUUGGUAGUGGUGUAAUUUUGGUCCCCUUGGUACAAAAAUGAGCAUCAUUUAAACACCACAGCCUACCUGAUAAUGACAAUGCUGACGAAUGUUUCCAUUCAGCUUCUUGGAGAAAAUAAAAUUUAACUAUAUAUUGAUUUGUGAAAAUGUGUGCAGGGGUACUAGCAAGGUGUACCCAAUGAACUGUCCAUUUAACAAUCCUAACGAGGCAUUAAUUUGUGAAGGCAAUCACACGUUUGGCUCCAGCAUGUUUCUAUUAACUGAAAAAACAAAUAAAUACCCAGACACACAAAUAAUUCUUAAUUCUAAUGAAACAAUGAUACUGAAAUAAAACGGUCAAAAUAGAAUUUAAAAAAAAGACUCAAAAAGAGGCACAUUAUUCUUCAUUUCACUGGAAUAACUUUUUUGUGUAUCAAUAAGCCACUUUUUAUGUGGCUCUGUCCACUUUUAUUAUCUCUAAAAGAUUUGUGCUUUUAAAAUGUGGGAACUUGUGCUUAGGAUACAAAUGAUGGCUUCACUGGUUGGGCUCAUUAAGGUUGCUGUUGCAUAUGUACAUUUCUUCCUCCACUGCUUCGUUUCAGAGCGUGCACUUUGUUUUCAUUUAUUUGUGUCACACGUAUAUGAAUAAUAUAUUUUCAUGGAUGAAAUUAGAAAUAAUGUAAUUUGUAUACAGCCACUCGUUUAUUGAAAUACCUACUACAAUGCAUAUUAAUCUCCCUGUAUAAUCACGAGGACAGCAUUAGCACCUUUGGAACGUACAAUAUGAAAGUAAUCUUUUAAAAUAAAGUGUUGUUAUAUAUUCGACACUCCCGUGUCUUUAUUGUUCCGCCUCCUGCCCGACACGAUGAAGCCAGGUCUCAACAAAUAUGUCGUUUAUUAAAUUAUCCAAACAUCGUAAGUAAACAGUGCCACUGGUACACUGUACUGCCAUGACUCUGUUCACAUACACCUAAGCCAUAUUUGGAUACAUUACAAAAGUCAGCUUAAAAUAA